CUCCGCUGGUUUGGAAACAAGAAAGAAGCCACUGAAAAAAACAUCCGCCCACCUAAAGCAGCGUGAGGAGCGCGAGCGACGCCAGAUCCUCCAGCAGCGCCGCCGCGUCCGCACGCGACGGGAGCGCGUGAGCGCAACGGACAACAAAAGCAAAAGACUCCUGCGUUUGCUGCUCAGACUGCAUCCGGUACUCCGGAGUCGCAGCAGAUCGGAUCCGUUUGUCCCAGUCUGGAUGAAGGGCCAUGUUGCCACCGAAGGGUCGUGACCUCACUGGGAAGUCGACGGCAUGACCCCGCAGCAUCCUUCGGUCUCACCUUCGUAAACUUCGUCGGAGCAGCGACACGUUUUUCCUCUAGACCCGUUUGACUUAACCGCUCUUGACUGCCAGCGACUCUUUCAAGAUGGAGACUCUUUCCCAGGAUUCACUUCUGGAGUGUCAGAUCUGCUUCAACUACUACAGUCCCCGGCGGCGGCCCAAGCUCCUGGACUGCCGCCACACGUGUUGCUCGGUGUGUUUGACCCAAAUGCGCAGCAGCCAGAAAGAGAUCCGUUGCCCGUGGUGCCGCGGCGUCACCAAGCUGCCGCCCGGCCUGUCCGUCUCCCAGCUGCCGGACGACCCGGACAUCAUCACCGUCAUCGCCAUCCCGCACACCUCCGAGCACACGCCCGUCUUCAUCCGCCUCCCGAGCAACGGCUGCUACAUGCUGCCGCUGCCGCUCGCCAAGGACCGGGCGGUGGGGCUCCCGGGCGAGCUGGGGUGCCGCUUCCUGCCCGGCGCCCAGCAGAAGGGAGUGACGGUGGUGACGGUGCCCGAGCAGCAGCCGCUGGGCCUGGCCAUGGGCCUGGACGGGAUGGGGAUGGGGAUGGGGCUGGACGGCGGCGAGGGGGACGGCAGGGUCUCCGGCCCGGUGGGAGGCGGCGGGAAGGGCUCCACGUGGUCCGGCGUGUGCACGGUGCUCCUGGUGGCGUGCGUGCUCCUCUUCCUCCUGGGCAUCGUCCUGCACAACAUGUCCUGCAUCUCCAAACGCUUCACCGUCAUCUCCUGCGGCUGAGAGGGGCCGCUCGGACCGCUCCCUGGAUCCCUCAGCCCCUCUUCGACGCCCCAUCUGCCCCGCCCUCUCCUCGGGGUGUUGGGGGGACUCAGCUGAGGAGAGGGGGACUCAACUCACAUCCCGGGAAUUCAAGGAAACUGCAGAGCGACGUGGACAGACACGGUUGACGAGGACCGGGAUAUGAAGGAGAUCCACAAACCGCCAUUUGUAUUAUUUGGAAGUAAAACCAUCACAAAUCUCUUCAAUCUUUUCACCCUUAAAAGGACGCUUUGGGUAUCAAUCCGGAUCGGACUCUCUCCCUCGCCCCCAGAGAUCGGAUCGGAUCCGUUUAGUCUGUGGUUCAUAGAAGUUCAUCAGUCGUCGUAGUGUUGUGUAGCCGAGUGCGAGCUCCUCGAGUCGGGACUCGACUGCUCUCCGGGAAUCAAACGUGUGACGAUCCACAUCUCGGCCAUCCCAGGAAAUCCAAGUCAACACCUUUCUUAACUUUUCUGUUUUUGUAUUCAUACAACCUGUUCAGAACCAAGGGGGAAAAAACCCACAGCUGGACUACACACAGAUAGAAGAUGGAUUAAAAGACGACUGAAUGGAAACGAUCGGAUCGAUGCAAAUAGUCCAGUUCCAGCCUCUCCAGUGUAUGGAUUUACCGUUCAAUGUUUUAUAUUUGUUUUUUGAUAUAAAUAUCUUUGUAUUUUGGCCAGUUGGUUCCAUCUAAAUUCUUCUCUGAACUCGUCAAGGUUGCAUUUUUUCUGUAACCCCGAAAGACGGUUGCAAAAUAUGUUUGUACAUCUUUGAGGUUUGUUGAUUCUAAAAGAAAAAAGGGCUAGAAUUACCGACAACUGAGGUUCAACAUCCAAACGUCUGUUGGCCUUGGAAUAUGACCCGAAUCAGGAGAUUAUCUGAUUAUCUGUGCUCUUUCAAGUGGCAGUGGAGGAGUUAAAAAGCUAAAAGAAACUCAGUUUGUCAUCUCAUAGUACCAGUUUUAAGAUGUCUUAAUAAAAAAAAAAAAAAAAAAAACGACUUUUAUAUAAUUUUGGUAUUUCUGGCUUUUUCAGUCGUUUAUAUCAAUAUUUUCUAGUAAACUAGCUCCUCAUUAAAUGCACAAAAACAUGGCCAAAAUAAAAUUCUGAAAUUUUAAGCUUUGAAGGGAUUAACAGGUAUAAUAAAUUCAAGAAAAAUCUAAAUGGGGCGGUGAUUGGUUUUGAUUUUUUUGGAUUUCUUUGGGAGGUUACUAGUAUGCAAACUGUAUUAGCCACCUCCAAAAAA